AUGAACAACGAUAUUGACCUCGCCGAAAGACUUCUGCAACGCAAAGCAGACGUCAACGCGUUCUUUCGAGGGAAGACCCCGGUGAUGAGGGCUCUCAAGUACUCAUCCCAUGACGUAUUGCAGCUCCUGCUGGAAAGCCCUACGCUGAAUAUCAACCUCCAAAACCAGGCGCAAGAAAGCGCGCUAUGGCGAGGACGAACGGCCCUCCAUCUCGCGGUCUGGUGGGGCAAAACAGGCCUGGCGCAUCUGCUCCUCUCCAGCGGCAGCGAUCCUUUCACUACAGAUGACUUUGGCAAGCCAUCCGCCGGUAUUCAGACCACUGAUAACAGCGAGCUGCCGCUCCACCAAGCAGUAGCCCAUGGAUCCGCAGGCGCUGUCGAGCUACUUCUGACGCAGAAGGAGCUGGCCCUGAAUGCUCAGGAUCACAACGGAGAUACUCCACUCCACCUCGCUGUUCGAUGUCGGCGUCUGGCAGUGGUGGAAUUGCUGUUGAGCCACCCGUGCGCCGACAUAGGUCGUGGUCAGACCCAAUCGCCUUCCACUUCGCUGCACCACGCAAGGGGUGACACAGUCGUUCUGCGGUGGCUUCUCAAAACCCCUGGCAUCGACCCUAAUCUCUGCGUGGCAGGGGUGUCUCCUUUUUCCGCGGCGGCCGCGAAAGGCAGCACUCAUGCGAUGGCGAUGCUCUUGAACAAGGGAGGCUUAGAGAUCAAUGCGACCGAGUUGGCAGAUUCCCCCCCUCCGUCGAGCGGUGGAAAACGGCCGCUUGGAAGCGGUAAAGCUCUUGGUCCGGCAGGGCGAGGCUCUGGCAAUUAA